AUUGAACAAGAUGCUCCGUACUACCAUCAACACCACCCGCCGCAACAUCCUCGGAUCCGUCCGUACCUAUGCCAUUGACCAAGGAUCUGGUGCUCCGGAUGCCAUGAACAAGCGCGAGAAGGCUCAGGAGGACAUGUACAUGCGCAACCGUGAGGCCGAGAAAUUGAAGAAGCUCCGCGAGUCGCUAUCGAAGCAGAAGGAGCACAUUGCCGACAUCGAGAAGCAGCUCGAUGAGUUGCACAAGAAGGAGUAAACGAAUGGAAACGAAGCGCAUACAUACCCGGAAGCUGUUACCACAAGGAUGGAAGAGAAAGAGC